AUGUCAAUGAUCUAUUUUACUAUUUGGACUUUAUUUCUUGCAUCAACCAUUUCAGCUUCACUUGCACCACGUGUUGUUUAUUCAGCUGUUAUCUAUAAUGCACAAAAUGCAUCAAUUCAAUGCAGUGUAGUCUGGUCUCAACCAUCAGGUUCUACAUUAGAAAGUGGUUUAUUUGCUGUCGAAAAAUGUGAUUAUUAUGUAGUAGAGGAAAAAACAGUUGACAUGGGCACGUGGGAAGCAUAUGCAAUAAUAGAAGAAAUUCAUUGUGGAAAUUUAGUACUUACUGCUCCAUUUGAUAAUGUUACGUCACCAGUAAAAAAUUGGGAAUUUCAUGUUCAACCUGAUGAAAUUGUAUCAUUUGGACUAAGUUCAUAUGAAACUAAUAAUUAA